AUUUUUUCUAUAAUGCGGAAGGCUUUGGCUUUGGCAAAAUAGUUCACAAAUAUAUACAACGGGAGGCACACCCUAAGAAACAAUGUGCUUUUACCCCACAAGCUCACCAGCAUGAGACUAUUGGACAGUCUCCCUCGUGACUUCAAUAAAAACGAAAGUAAAACUGUACUUGUCAUUUGCUUUGGAAAGUUAGAACUUCUACAACCAGGAUGUUAAUAAUAUCUUAACUGUAAAAGUAAUAGGCCUACCUCCGUAGAGAAGGAAAACCAAGCUUCAUCUCUCAAGUGCAUGGAUGAGAAAACCAAUUCAGGCAAACUGUUCUCUAAAACGUCAGCGGAAGAUAAUCAUGAAAAUCCCGGGAUUAACUGACGCGCGUUGAGAACGAAGUUCAAUAUUUUGGCCUGAUAAAUCAGGGUGCCACCUGUUACUUGAAUGCAGUAUUGCAAUCUCUAUUCAUGACCCAAGAAUUCAGAGAUUCAGUGGAGAGUUAUGACAAAGCCCCUGAAGAUUGCGGUGAAGAUCUGUUGCGACAACUUCAGAAGCUGUUUAAACAACUUUCAGUAAAUGUAGCCACAACCAAAGGAAUAACAACAAGUCUUGGCAUAGGAAAUGUUUAUGAGCAACAAGAUGCAGUGGAAUAUUAUAGGAAAAUUUUAAAAGCAGUGGGGAGACGUGUCUCUGAGGUCUUUGAGGGUAAAAUGAACAACAUUACAAAGUGCAUAUCGUGUGAUAACAUCAACAAGAAAACCAGUUCCUUCAUCUCAAUACUUCUGCCCAUCGAGGAUGAAAAUAACGAACAGCAUACCGUGGAAAAAUCCCUGAAGGCCUUCUUUAAACGUUUGCGACUAGACCAGGAUGACUGGAUGUAUUGUGACAGAUGUGACCAAAAAACACCAACAGAGACUUGGAGUGAAAUAGAUGAGUAUCCCACUGUCCUCACUUUUCAUCUGAAGAGGUUCGCCUUUGAUUACAACCAGAUCAGAUACGUAAAGAAUUCAUGUGCACUUGAUGUACCCUUAAGUCUGGAUAUUAAGAAUCAAACAUUUAACCUUUAUGCUGUUAUCAAUCACAAUGGAGGAUACAGUGGUGGACACUACGAUGCUCUAAUCAAAUCUGAUCAAAAUCAGAAAUGGUACAGUUUUGAUGACCGCACUGUUACGGAGUCCGAAACUUCACUGCAGGGCUCAAGGCUACCAUACAUGCUGAUGUACAGAAAAGCAGAAAAUCAAUUGAAGGACAAGAACCCAAUUGGCAGCAAUCCAGCAAUCCAUCUGAGGAUCCUUCUGCUAGGGCCCCCCGGGACUGAGAAAAGUUCAGUAGGUAACCUCAUCCUUGGUGAAAACUACUUUCCAUUAUUUACCAUCAAAGAGUCCAUGGGGAAAACAGUUGGAAACGUAACUGUAGUGGACACUCCAAAUCUCUUUACACUCACCCCAAUGAGCUGGGCAAAAGAACUUAAGAGGUGUAUAAUGUUAUCUCACCCAGGUCCUAAUGCAAUUCUCUGGGUAGUACCGCUAUCCCAGUUUAGCAACCACCAGCAAGGUCUUUUUCACAACAUUAGAAAACGACUAGGUUCCGAAACUCAAAAACACACAAUGAUUAUUUUCACCAGUGGCAGGGAACUCGAAAAUCUUGAUCAACCCAUUGACAUCUCCAGACAUAACAAGGUCAAAAAAGUGGUCCGUACUUGUAGGAACAGGUACCAUGUCAUCAACAGCAGUAAUCAUAACCAGGCCUCAGAACUGAUUGAACAAUUGUUCAAGAUGAUAGCAAAAAACAGAGGUAGUUACUGCACUUUCAAACGCACAAAAAAGAGGAGGCCCUAAGAGGAAGACAUUUAACCUGUCUUGCAUCAAUGCAUCAUAAAGGAAAGUGUUUAGAGUCUUGCAGACAAAAUAAACAUGAAGAAAAAUGUAUUAGCGCUUGUUGUAUACCAACUUUCUCUCAUGAUUCAAAAUCCACAUCCAAAAAAACAUGAGAAACAGAGUUUCUGGUGUAUUUACUGCACAUCUAAAUCACAUUGGCCCGGUUUCACAGACAAGGCUUAAGGCUAGUCCCAGACUAAAAUGAAUGUGUGACAUGUCUUAACUGAAUAUAAAUUGCCCAGACAUAUCUUAAAAUAUUUCAAUACCAUUGUUUUGUCUUGAGAUGCACACCAGUAAUGUAUUCUUCUAAGGCAUUUUCAUAAAAGCGACAUAAAUAUCUUAAUUCAACUAAAGCAUAGUCCUGGCUUAAACUAAACUGUGUCCGUGAAACCGGGCCAUUAUGUAUAACAAUCAAAUCUGGACUAUUGUAAGCUUCUGACUUUUAUUUAUUUUCUGUUAUUAUGUGUUUAAGCAGCAAUAAACAAAUAUAGUGAAUGUUACAAUUUCAUAUUUUUAAAUGCCAGCUGAUUUAAAUAUUUACAUUUUCUUUAUUUUCUGUGUGUGUUGUAUGCCGUUUACAUGUUAAUUUAACACUGGCAAAUUUACUUUUGAGAAUUUUGUGGAAGGUUCAUAAUAAUAAACUCUUACUUGCAGUAUAAUACAGUAUUUUUAUUGUUGAUGUUGUAAGUUACAACCUAAAACAAACAUAGCUUUCAGUGUAAUGUUUCAACAAGUCUACAAAGGUAUAAUGCAAAAUAUAAGAAAACUGUACUACACUGUAAAAAAUACAUGUGAAAUCUACAGUAAUUCACUGUGUUCAUAUGCACUGGAGAUAACUGUAUUAGGGGUCACAGUGAAUUACUGUAUAUUCAAUGAGAAAUUACAAUACUGGUCAAAAUAUUGUGAAAAUCACAUUAAAGAGGAAUGUGCUGUACAAAGUCACAGUAACCAGUACUGUCCUGUAGAAAGUCACAACAAACAAGUACUAUGUGAAAUCUACAGUAAUUCACUGUGUUCAUGCACUGGAAGUAACAAUAGCAGAACCCUUUUUCUAAGGUUCCAUAAAGAAC